UUGGCGAUGAAGUAUUUAACAUUUUGUUUAUUACUGGCUGUAUAUGAGAUCCUUGGAUCCGAGCUUCUUGAUCCUGAAUGCAUCAUAAGUCAAGAUAAACCCAGAGUGGCGGGAGGCUACGAUGCUAAAGAAAACUCUGCACCAUGGAUGGUAUCUCUACACAAUGGGGACACAUUCCUUUGUGGAGGUUCAUUAAUUUCAAAAGUCUUCGUUCUUACCGCUGCCCACUGUGUUCUAACAACAGGACAACCCCAGGAAUUAUGGGCCCGCGUGGGCGAGCACAAUUUAAACAAAUAUAAAGGCAGCAUCGGUGGUACUUUUGGAUGGCAACAAUUUCAAAGAUCAACCUACAAAGUUAAAUAUAUAUACACGCACCCGCGUUAUACAACGAUCCGGGCUUACGAUAUAGCUUUACUUAAGCUAGAACGAGAAGUGCGCUACACAGCCUAUAUACGCCCCAUAUGUCUGCUUCAAAACAACGGCAUAGAAAACUGGCAGGAGUACCUGAUGAAAAUCAAACAAUUAUCUGUGCACGGCUGGGGAAAAACGGAGAAUGGUUUGAUUAGCCAUGUUCUGCAGACAACGAAUCUCCCCCAAAUCAACCGCAGUACCUGCUUCAAGUAUACCAAAUAUCCCCUCGAUGAAUCUCACAUCUGUGCCGGUAAUCUUUAUAGACAUGUCCGCUUCGGGGAUUCUGGUGGCCCACUCGGUUUUCAGUUUAAAGCUAACGGAUUUGAUUAUUACAUUCAGUGUGGAAUUGUAAGCAAUGGAGAACCUGGCAUGGGCGUGGCAGUCUUUACUAAUGUCCUAAGCUAUGCCGAUUGGAUUGUUAAGGUCAUCAAAUACGAUCACGAAUACAUGUAA